AUGAAGAACAGGGUGGCUCAAAAUACAAUUACAUGUCUCAUGACCUCAGAAGGCAUUAAAGCUCAGACGCAAGAAGCUCUUGAAUUGGAAGUGAAUACAUUUUAUAAGGAUCUGUUGGGCAAGGCAGCUCAGAAUAUACCUAGUGUGAGUACAACUGUCAUGAAGAAUGGAAAUACAUUAAAUAGAGAGCAGCAAAUACUACUAGCAACCAAAGUGACAAGGGAGGAAAUGAUAAUAGCAUUGCAAGGCAUAAAUUAUAUGAAGGCUCCUGGAUAUGAUGGAUUCAAUGUUCAUUUUUUUAAGAGGGCUUGGCCAGUAGUGGGAAAGGAUAUUAUAACUGCAGUAUUAUUGUUUUUUGAAACAGGAACCAUGUACCCACCUAUUAAUUGUACAUCAGUGACUCUAAUUCCAAAAGUCGCCAGUCCUACAAGAAUUGGGGAAUAUAAGCCUAUUUCAUGUUGCACAGUACUAUAUAAGAUCAUUUAUAAAGUGAUCACAACAAGGUUACAGAAGGUGAUGAGCUCCAUAGUUGAUCCUAACCAGUCAACAUUUGUACCACAGAGAGCAAUCCAUGACAAUAUCAUUCUAAGCCAUGAACUAGUGAAAGGUUAUGCUAGGAAAGGUAUUUCUAAAAGGUGGAUAUGA